AUGGGUCAGGGUGCACAGCCCGCAGCGGCCGACAAGGAGGGAGACCUGCCCUUGCACGAAGCUGCGCGGAACGGCCACGUGGCAGUGGCUCAGGAGCUGCUGAGGGCGCGGGUGCCCGUGGAUGCAGCGAGCCGGAAUGGGAAGACAGCGCUCCAUGUCGCUUGCACCUGGGGCCAGGAGGCCGUGGUCGAGGUUCUGUUGCAGAACGCAGCCUCGGUCAAUGCAGCCGACAUUUGUGGUAACUCGCCGCUGCAUGAGGCUGCAAGAUGUGGACGGCGCUUUCUGUGCGAACGGCUAGUGUCGUGUCGCGCGCCCCUGGAAGGUCGCAAUCGGGACCAGCGGACGCCGCUCCACGCUUCUGCAGCAACUGGGAACUACGAUUUUGCUGGAACUUUGAUGCAGUAUGGAGCAAGUCCAGAUGCACCUGACAAAGACGGCGACACGCCGGUUCACCUUGCUGCAUUCUACGGUCGCACGGGAGUGCUGGACGUGAUGAUGCAGCUCCGAGUUGUCACAUUGACGCUGAACAAGGAGGGCCGCUCGCCUGUGCACCGAGCUGUUCAGGGAGGCCGCGUCGCAGCACUGAAGCUGCUGGUCGGAGUGGCCGGCAGACCAACGCUACAGACGGACACCCCGGACAACCAGGGUGAAACACCAAUGCAUUUGGCGACCAGCCUCGGGGAUGGGCAUGAGGUGGUGGAGACUUUGGCUCAGAAUCCUGGCACUUCCCUUGAGGCUCGGCGAGGAGACGGCUUGCUACCUUUGCUCCUGGCAGCCCUGCAAGGAAAAGCACGGACCGUUGAGUGUCUGCUGCGUGCAAAAGCACAGGUGCAGGCAGUCGACAGCUCCGGAAAUACAGCUCUUCAUUUUGCUGCAGGAGGUGGCCAUCUCUCGGUGGUCCACGCUCUCUUGACACGACAGGCUUCGCCAAACAUGCAGAACCAGCGCAACGAGACCCCUUUUCAGGUAGCAGGCACCCGUGGCUACGUGGAGGUAGCACGAGCCAUGAACCCCUUUGUGUCCGUCGAGUCAACAAUGCCGAGUGUGGUUACUCAAGCUGGUCCUGGUGCGUUUGCACAAACACUGCCCUAUCCGACCUAUCCGGCGCCGGUCACACUCCCGGGCAUGGCACUGGCGGGCGGCACCAGCACCUUCUCAUCGGACACUGCUCGAGCUCGUUCGCUGCCUCCUCCUCGCACUGGCAAGGAGCCUUUGAUGAGCCUUCUGAGACGUGGCCAAGCAGCAUCGCCCGCUGCAAGUGUAACUGCAACCUUUAGAUCCAUCGAGGAAUGCAUUUCGGCAGCAGGCAAAGUUGAAGAGGAGGCGGAUCCAAUCACACGCUGUGCUUGCACUCCAAACUUUGAAUUCUUCAAGCCACUGGGCAAGCCACGGCGAGGAGAUUGGCUGGCAGAGAAGAAGGAGACGGGGCAGACCUACACGACUUACAGCCGCCGCAUGAAGCCGCCGAUGACACCCACAAAGCAUACUGACACGAUACUUCUGGUUCCGAUUGGCCACAGUUUCAGUGAAGGUAUCGCGGUAAAGUUUUUGAGCUACCUGAUUGACUAUUGCACGGCCUUCUUCGUUGGUAUGACAGUGGAUGUGCUGGACAAGCCCCUGUCUCUGACAAAGAUGCGCAAGAGGAUGAACGACUUCAUGCAUGAGCAGUACUUGAUCGCAGACUUGUUCGACGCACUCCACUCUGAAACAAGAUCCCAUCGAAAGGCGUACUGUCGCUUGGGCAUCACCAUGGAAGACAUUUACCCGGGCGAGGAGUGGAAUUAUGUCUUUGGGCAGGCCAAGCCAAUGGAGAGGGUUGGUGUUUUCUCCUUCGCGCGGCACUCACCGUUCUUCUACAAUGGUUUGCAUGCUUCGCAGGUGAAGGAAUCUGCCUCGCACGAGCAGCAAGCGGUUUGGCUCCGCGCCUGCAUGCGGACCAUGGUGCAUGAGACGUGCCACAUGUUUGGAAUCCUUCACUGCGUCUACUUCCACUGCGUGAUGAACGGGUCAAACGGACCACACGACUCUGCUGGCAGAAGCAGCUUCAUGUGCCCCGUUUGUCUUCGGAAGUUGCUGCUGGCACUCUCCUAUGCCCCCGCGGUGACGGGAGUGAUCCCACGAUACCAGGCCAUUCUGCAGGUCCUGGAGAGGCUCUUGGCAGACUUUGCUGAUCCCGAUCCCUCCGCGACAGAGGAAGUGAUGGCAGACAUCAGCUGGCUGCAGCAAAGCGACUGCGAACCGCUGGAGCACCGUGACGGAGACGAGACGAUACCAGCGAUGCUGACGAUGCGGCAGCUUCACAGGACACUGUCCUCACCGCAUGCAGAGCUCCAGAAGAUUGAGCCACGUGUCGUCCGACGACAAGCACCCGAAGCUUCCAUGCCGCCGUGCUGGUGCCACCUCUUGCAGACUUAUAUUGCAGCUCAGGAUCGUGCAGCGCUGAACUCGCUACUUGAUCGGUCGGCACGAGGCCCAAGCCGACUACCGCAGCGGCCCACGCUGAACGCAACGACGCCGCUGCCGGCAGCGCCUCCUGCGCCCGACCUGCCAUCGUCGCUGCUGCGGACCGCUCCGGCCGUCCCAGCAGCGCCCCCGCCCGGAGUUGUGCCGCCAGCGAGCCCACCAGCGGUUCCUCUGGCACCUUUGGCAGCGCAGCCGUUGGGACCUGCGCCAGUUCCACCAGCAGCACCUGGUGUUCACCAGCCGACCUUGCCACCUGCUGCUCCUGCUGCUCCUGCAGCUCCAGUUGCACCAGCUGUGCCUCCUUCUGUGCCUCCUUCCGUGCCUCCCGCUGUGCCUCCUGCUGCACCUGGAGCACCUGCCGCUCCCCGGGCUCCUGCUGCGCCUUCACUUCCAGCACCGACGCCGACCGUGCCUGCUGCUGCACCAGCCUUUCCAUCUGUGUCGGCACCCGCACCACGUGUGCCUCCAGCAGCACCCGGAGCACCGGUUCCACCUGCGGCUCCCGGUGCACCUCCUGCACCUGUCACUGUGCCUGGUGCGCCGCUGCCCCCUGCGGCGCCCAGAGCACCAGGGGUUCCCAGUGCACCAGGGUCAGGGCCUCCACUAGCUCCGGGUGCUGCUCCACGGGGCCCAACUGCACCCAGCACGGGUCCAAAGCCCCCUUUUGCUCCAGGCACCUCCCCACCGGGUGCUCCAGCGCCACCAACCCCACCCGGCGCUCCGUUGGCACCUGCAGCACCCCGUGUGGCGAUGCCCGGCCCACCUGCACCGGGGAUGCCAGGACCUCCAAGGAUGGGUGGAGCGGCGCCAGGGGCACCUCUCCCGCCGGCCAGCCCAGCUGCACCGGCCGCACCGGCUGCACCGUCUGCACCGCCAGCUGCUCCGCGCAUUGGGGUUUCGCAGCCAGCUCCUCCUGUGUCUGUUGGGAGAGGCCCUCCAAUGCCUCCAGGCCCUAACGCACCGCCUGCACCACCUGGGGUGGGCCCUCCACCACCUUCCCCAUCAACAAGGACCAGCGUCUCUGCUGGUACAGGAGGGCCAGUGGGACCGCCUCCCGCCCCUUCGAGUGCACUGAGCAGACCCGGAGUGGGAGGGCGGCCUUCGCUACUGGGCUCUUCCACGCGUUCUGGCUCGGGGCCCGGAGGAGUUGGGGCACCGCCUGCCGUUUCGCCAACGAGGCCGCGAGUUGCAAGUCCUGGAGUUGCCACAACACGGUCGACGGCCUCUCGACCCUCGGAGUUUCGACCAACACCGGCUGCACCGGCCAGGCCGGCGGCACCAGCAGCACCAGCAGCACCGGCAGCACCGGCGGCUCCGGUCUACACGCCGUCAGGGCUCGCGAACCGAUCAUCGCUUAGCGGAGCCCGCUUUAGCAGCACGAGCGCUGGGAGCGCCGUGCCGCCGCCAGCGCCUGGGUCAAGGCCAAGAUUCACCUGA